GCGCGGCGUCUAGUCUGUCUGACAGUUGACGUCUGCCCGUGAACCGCGAAGGACGUGCGAAUAUAAAUAGAAAAUGGCCACCGACAACCUCACAGCUGUUCUACACAAACCGAAGGAUUUGCGUCUGGAACAAACACCGAUACCUGAAAUCUCCGAUGAUGAGGUCCUCCUUCGCAUGGACUGCGUGGGCAUCUGCGGGUCGGACGUCCACUACUGGCAAAGCGGCGUGUGCGGGGCCUUCGUGCUGCGUGCGCCCAUGAUCAUGGGCCACGAGGCUUCGGGUGUCGUUGCCAAGAUCGGCGCGAAAGUGAAGAACCUCCAAGUGGGCGACCGCGUGGCGAUCGAGCCGGGUGUGCCGUGCCGCUACUGCGAGUUCUGCAAGACGGGCCGCUACCACCUGUGCCCCGACAUGAUGUUCUGCGCCACGCCGCCGGUGCACGGCAACCUCGCUAGAUACUACAAACAUGCCGCUGACUUCUGUUACAAGAUCCCCGAGCAUAUGUCGAUGGAGGAAGCGGCGCUGUUGGAACCGCUAUCAGUGGGCGUGCACGCGUGCCGGCGUGGCGGCGUCACCGCGGGGCACCGCGUGCUCAUCCUGGGGGCGGGGCCCAUCGGGCUAGUUACGCUCCUGGUCGCUAAGGCUAUGGGCGCGAGUGAAGUGCUUAUUACAGACAUCCUCGAAUCACGUCUCGAGAUGGCGAAGAAGCUGGGCGCGGACCACACCAUCCUAGUUGGGCGGGAAGACGAGGCGGCGAUGGUGCGGCGCGUGCACGCCACGCUGGGCGCGCACCCCGACGUGUCCAUCGACGCCAGCGGCGUGCAGCCCACCAUCCGCCUCGCCAUCCUGGCGACGAAGUCCGGUGGUGUUGCGGUGCUGGUGGGCAUGGCGGCGGGAGAGCUGACGCUGCCGCUGGCGACCGCGCUCGCCAGGGAGGUGGAUAUACGGGGCAUCUUCCGAUAUGUCAACGAGUAUCCCAUCGCCCUCUCCAUGGUGGCUAGCGGCCAAGUCAACGUCAAACCGCUGGUCACACACCACUUUACCCUGGAGCAGACGCUAGACGCGUACGAGGUGGCGCGACGCGGCGAGGGUGUCAAAGUCAUGAUACACGUCCAGCCGAGAGACGCUAACAACAAGCUGAAGUUCCAGGCGGAAUGAGGGGGGGACGUUUUUUGGGCUAAUCCGGUCUGGUCUGGUCGGUUGGAUUGGCCGUACAACUGAUGCAAUGAAUUAUUCGGAUUUACUUUAUUUUUAUAUGAGUAAUAUUUAGAUUUUAGGCUGACAGCAACAUUCGGAAUUCCCAGAGUCUAUAGAAUUUUGAAUCUUAAUAACUUUGGACUAAUACAACAGAUUUUAAAAUCUUUAAAAGUAAAUUAACUUUGAGCUCUAUUUUCAGCUCUAAUACAGACAUAAGAGCACAGUUAUAUUUUCAGUACAGUUGCAGUAGUACCUACUAUGAACUUUCAGGAUUCUGAAUAUUAAGAGCCCGGCAUUUUUCUCUUAUUUGGCGUGUUUUAGGCAAGCAUUUAGUUUAUUACGCAAUGGAUUAGAUUGAUUUAUUUUUACUCGUAUAAUGCAAAGUCGGAAUUGACAUUACAGGGAUUUUAUACAGAUAUAGAUUGUAUCUUAUGCCAUAAUCUACGAAUAAUAAAAGCAAUAUUACCCAUAAAGUUAAUAUACCUAGCGGAAUAGAGCAAUAAAGCUAGCGGAAUAAAGCGGAAUAGAGAUUAAAUUGUCAACGUGCGGCACGUGCCGACUGGACGUCAAAAAAA